AUGAUCAUUUUAGCCUGUGAAGAUGGUGCCGUGAUGAUGUGGGAGACGACACCCAACUACGGCAUAGAACGUAGUUGGUCGCUUGCGGCGCCACCUUCAGCCAACACACUGGCGAUCGACUACGACGAGGGCACUGUUGUGUUGAGGCUAGGGCACGAUACUCCUGUCCUGAGUAUGGACGCUGGUGGCAGCGAAAAGCUCAUCUGGACGACUAACAAUGACGUUUACACCGCCAGUGUCAAGGGGGUGGUGACGGAGAUGAGUCUCCAGGACGGCGAAAAACUGCCGCUUGUUUCAAGAGAUCUAGGAAGCUGCGAAGUGUACCCUCAAACAGUACAGCACAACAGCAACGGCCGCACGUAG